UCUCUUCUGCAGUGCCUCUCUUGUUCCGGAGGUUAGGUCUGCCUGUGGGAAAAUGAUUUGAGAUCUUCUCUUGCCCUUCCUGUUUCUGUUUCUGGUCGCUCUUACAAGUUUGUUCUCACGGAAUAUCAAGUCACAGAUUCUAUCGGAUCCCGAGGGACCGAUUGGUUUCAUAUCGAUUUCGCCAUGGCUACAUCAAACCUUCCCGCCACGACAGAUUCUGUCGCCAAGGCUUUAGAAGCAAAGAGCCCAUCCGAGGCAAUUUCUAUACUUUACAGUGUACUGGAAGACCCUUCAUCGUCUCCAGAAGCUCUGCGGAUAAAGGAACAGGCGGUCACAAACCUUUCCGACAUUCUCACGCAAGAAAACAAAGCAGAGGAUCUCCGGCAACUUCUUGUCCAGCUGAGACCUUUCUUUUCACUCAUCCCCAAAGCCAAAACUGCGAAAAUAGUCCGAGGAAUCAUUGAUGCUGUUGCCAAGAUUCCCGGAACUACCGAUCUCCAAAUCACUCUCUGCAAAGAAAUGGUGGAUUGGACCCGGGCCGAGAAGCGUACUUUCCUCAGGCAGCGAGUAGAGGCGAGACUGGCGGCUCUGUUAAUGGAGAACAAGGAGUAUGUCGAAGCUUUGGCACUUCUCACAAACUUGGUCAAGGAGGUCAGGAGACUAGAUGACAAGCUUCUUCUAGUCGACAUAGAUUUGCUUGAGAGUAAACUUCAUUUCUCGUUGAGAAACUUACCCAAGGCGAAAGCUGCUCUUACCGCUGCUAGGACGGCUGCAAACGCUAUAUAUGUCCCGCCAGCCCAGCAAGGCACCAUUGAUCUGCAGAGCGGGAUUCUUCAUGCGGAAGAGAAAGACUACAAAACUGCUUACAGUUACUUCUUCGAAGCCUUUGAGUCCUUCAACGCUCUUGGAGAUCCGAGGGCCAUUUUCAGUCUGAAAUAUAUGUUGCUAUGCAAGAUCAUGGUCAGCCAAGCUGAUGAUGUUACCAGUAUAAUCUCCUCAAAGGCUGGACUCCAAUACGUUGGUCCGGACUUGGAUGCCAUGAAAGCAGUUGCUGAUGCUCACGGAAAGAGGUCCUUGAAAUUGUUUGAGAAUGCGCUUCGUGACUACAAGGCACAGUUAGAGGAAGACCCGAUUGUCCACAGGCAUCUCUCGUCGCUCUACGAUACCCUUCUGGAGCAAAACCUAUGCCGCCUUAUCGAGCCGUUCUCCCGGGUCGAGAUCCCUCAUAUUGCAGAGCUGAUCGAGCUGCCUGUUGACCAUGUUGAGAAAAAGCUCUCGCAGAUGAUCCUGGACAAGAAAUUUGCCGGAACAUUGGAUCAGGGAGCUGGCUGCCUCAUCAUAUUCGAAGAUGUAAAGACUGAUGCCAUCUACUCUGCUACUCUGGAUACCAUUUCCAACAUGGGGAAAGUUGUGGACAGCCUCUAUGCCCGCUCUGCCAAAAUCAUGGCUUGAGUUCGUCACUCGCCCAUUUUCUCCCGGGUCUCAUUUUUUUUCUUUUUUUUUUGUUGUUCUCGUUUGUCAGUUUAGACAUCGUUUAACUCCCCAAUGCAUUGCUGCUUGAUGGAGAAGAACUGUCUGAAUUUUUCCCAAUGAUGGUCUACCUUAUGAUCCUGAAAUAGAGAUGCAACUGCUCUUGUUGCUCUCUCUCUCUCAUUGUAUGGAUGGUAAGAUUGUAACCGGGCUGGUAAUUGCAGAUCCACCUGUUUUUGGGA